CUGGUUGUAGUUUCGUUAUCUGCAAUGCGGUGCCACCGUUCCAUAUAUAACAGACUCGUAUGUCUAGAAGAAUUCGUUAUAAACUCUUGAAACAACUUGGAAUACGUUUCGAGUCUCUUCAUAUCCACAGAAAUCAUGAAACACCUCUUUUUGCUCAUUCUCUUCAUUGGGACUUAUGCCAGCUGUCUUGCUGAUGCUUCUGAUUCCUUACCAGUGCCGCAUAUAAUGAAAAGAGCGGUGGUGCGACUUUGCGGGAAUCACCUAGUUCAAGCUCUCAGCGUGAUUUGCGAUGGAAGGUACUAUUACCCUAUACAAGAAGAGAAAAGGAGCAUUGAAGGUAAUCCCGGACAUGGUUCCUAUCCAGAAUGGAUGAAGUUUAUGUGGGAAAUCGAUGCUAAUUCCAGACCCAGGAACAAGAGAAACAUUGUCGAUGAAUGUUGCCACAAGUCAUGCACAUACAGCAGCCUGGUGUCCUACUGCGCAUAGAAUCGUUAGUAAAUCCACCGGGUGAUCUCAAUACCUGCCCUGUACAUCUCAUUUGCAACCAAACAGAAAAUAAAAUAUAUU